CAGACGCGGUGCAGAAGCAGGUUGGUAUGCACCUUGAUGUUCUGCGGUAGUGCACACUGUUUAGGACAAACUGUAAUUUCACCGUCUUGCUUGUGUUCUCACGCAUCUGCUUUCGUAUUACAUUGAAGAUCAGAUCAUCUUUGUGAGGCUCUGCAGCGUCAACUAAAAUUGAAAAUGAGCAACAAGGUAAACUAUCUGCCACCUGCAGAUGCACCCCAAGGGCAUUUCUGAUCCACAGCCCCAUGGGCACUACUACAAUUAACACUGUGGCAUACAGCAGGUCAGCCACCAGGGAGAGACUCGUCAAGACCUGGUGACAGACGGAGUCUACAUCACGAUGGCUCCCUCUGGGACGUGCUAGGUCUCGACGGGUUCUCUGGGAAGGACUAAUUAUGGUUGAUGCUAUCACCAACAAUGCCGAAGAUCCAAGCCAACCUCAUGCAAAUGUAGACCCUGAAAUUCAGGACAGUGCAAGAGAAGACAGAAAUGAACUUCCCCCAGGGGCCAAGGAUGUUGAACUUAAAAGCAAAAAACAAGAGGCAAAAAGGCCUAGUACUACUCCAGAACCAACCAAACAGCCCUCUCCAGCUGCUGUUAAAGCAACUGAAGAUGCUGUCAUCAAGGAGGCCAGAGACUCAACAGGUGAAGAUCCAAACCCGCUUCAUGCAGAUAUAGACACUGGAGUUCAAGAUAGUACAAGAGAAGACAAAAACAAACCUCCUGCAGUCCCCUGGGAUUUAAAACUUCAAAGCAAAACUACAGAGACAAGUAAGCCCACUAUUCCAGAAGAGACUAGUCAGCCCUCCCCAGCUGCUGCAACACUUGAAGAUGCGACUAACGAGGCUACUGAUGAGGCUACUAACGACGACACUGUAUUUCACAACCUUACAAGAGCAGAUGGAAACCAUCCCCCAGCCCCCAAGAAUGUUGAACAUGAAAGCAAAACUAAAGAGAAAAAUAGGACUACUGCUCCAGAGAUAACCAACCAGCCCCGCCCAGCUGCAGCACAAACACCUGCAGAUGCUGUUAACGAUGCUGACGAACGUCCUCCAGGUCCCAAAAACUCUGUGAAUACAAGGCAACCUAAACAGGAAACUAAACUUUUCUUUCUGUUGCAGCAGGACUAUCAAACAAGGUCGACGAUGGACAAAUUCUUCACUGUAGUGACUGGGAAUACUCUGGGGUCUCAUGAGGAAUUAAUUCAUCGUCUCGCUGCCAAAAGACACUUAACUGAAGUGACGUCACUAGAGGAGAGUGAUGUCAUCCUGGCAUUCUGUCCCAUUGUCUCUCGUGCUGGGACUGAUGUUGAAGCAGCACUGCAGCAGAUUCCAGCUGGUAAACCAGCCAUUCUGGUAGUGCUGCAUCACACCUUCAACUCAGACUACACUGUACCUGACAGUAGCAGACUAGUGACCAGAGAGGAUGUAAUACUCACAGUGGACUGUCUCUUCCAUGAGAGCAAAGGACUACUGGAGUGUCCUCGCAAUAAAGAAGCAAUUAGAAAGAUUCUGGACAGGCCAGAAAUACAGCCAAAGACAGAUGCUGUUAACGAUGCUGACAAAUGUCGUCCAGGUCCCAAAAACUCUGUGAAUACAAGACAACCUAAACAGGAAACUAAACUUUUCUUUCUGUUGCAGCAGGACUAUCAAACAAGGUCGACGAUGGACAAAUUCUUCACUGUAGUGACUGGGAAUACUCUGGGGUCUCAUGAGGAAUUAAUUCAUCGUCUCGCUGCCAAAAGACACUUAACUGAAGUGACGUCACUAGAGGAGAGUGAUGUCAUCCUGGCUUUCUGUCCCAUUGUCUCUCGUGCUGGGACUGAUGUUGAAGCAGCACUGCAGCAGAUUCCAGCUGGUAAACCUGUCAUUCUGGUAGUGCUGCAUCACACCUUCGAUCCAGACUACACUGUACCUGACAGUAGCAGACUAGUGACCAGAGAUGAUGUAAUACUCACAGUGGACUGUCUCUUCCAUGAGAGCAAAGGACUACUGAAGUGUCCUCGCAAUAAAGAAGCAAUUAGAAAGAUUCUGGACAGGCCAGAAAUACAGCCAAAGACAGGUAAGCCUGCUGCUCCAGAGAAGACCAGACAGAUCCUCCCUGCUGCUUCAAAUCCACCUGAAGAUACUACUAACAAGGACAGUGGAGUUUACGACUCCACAACAAACAGAAUCAAACAUCCCCCAGGCCCCAAGAAUGCUGAAAAUAUGUUGAGGAUGAAGAAAUUCUUCACUUUUGUGGCUGGGAAUACUCUGGGGUCUCAUGUGGAAUUCAAUCAUCGUCUCAAUACGAAAAGAGGUCUGACUGAGGUGAUGUCACCAGAGCAGAGUGAUGUCAUCUUGUCUUUCUGUCCCAUCGUCUCUCGUGCUGGGACUGAUAUUGAAGCAGCACUGCAGCAGAUUCCAGCUGGUAAACCUGUCAUUCUGGUAGUGCUGCAUCACACCUUCAAUCCAGACUACACUGUACCUGACAGUAGCAGACGAGUGACCAGAGGUGAUGUAAUACUCACAGUGGACUGUCUCUUCCAUGAGAGCAAAGGACUACUGAAGUGUCCUCGCAAUGAAGAAGCAAUUAGAAAGAUUCUGGACAGGCCAGAAAUACAGCCAAAGACAGGUAAGCCUGCUGCUCCAGAGAAGACCAGACAGAUCCCCCCUGCUGCUUCAAAUCCACCUGAAGAUACUACUAACAAGGACAGUGGAGUUUACGACUCCACAACAAACAGAAUCAAACAUCCCCCAGGCCCCAAGAAUGCUGAAAAUAUGUUGAGGAUGAAGAAAUUCUUCACUUUUGUGGCUGGGAAUACUCUGGGGUCUCAUGUGGAAUUCAAUCAUCGUCUCAAUACGAAAAGAGGUCUGACUGAGGUGAUGUCACCAGAGCAGAGUGAUGUCAUCUUGUCUUUCUGUCCCAUCGUCUCUCGUGCUGGGACUGAUAUUGAAGCAGCACUGCAGCAGAUUCCAGCUGGUAAACCUGUCAUUCUGGUAGUGCUGCAUCACACCUUCAAUCCAGACUACACUGUACCUGACAGUAGCAGACGAGUGACCAGAGGUGAUGUAAUACUCACAGUGGACUGUCUCUUCCAUGAGAGCAAAGGACUACUGAAGUGUCCUCGCAAUGAAGAAGCAAUUAGAAAGAUUCUGGACAGGCCAGAAAUACAGCCAAAGACAGGUAAGCCUGCUGCUCCAGAGAAAACCAGACAGAUCCCCCCUGCUGCUUCAAAUCCACCUGAAGAUACUACUAACAAGGACAGUGGAGUUUACGACUCCACAACAAACAGAAUCAAACAUCCCCCAGGCCCCAAGAAUGCUGAAAAUAUGUUGAGGAUGAAGAAAUUCUUCACUUUUGUGGCUGGGAAUACUCUGGGGUCUCAUGUGGAAUUCAAUCAUCGUCUCAAUACGAAAAGAGGUCUGACUGAGGUGAUGUCACCAGAGCAGAGUGAUGUCAUCUUGUCUUUCUGUCCCAUCGUCUCUCGUGCUGGGACUGAUAUUGAAGCAGCACUGCAGCAGAUUCCAGCUGCUAAACCUGUCAUCCUGGUAGUGCUGCAUCACACCUUCAAUCCAGACUACACUGUACCUGACAGUAGCAGACGAGUGACCAGAGAUGAUGUAAUACUCACAGUGGACUGUCUCUUCCAUGAGAGCAAAGGACUACUGAAGUGUCCUCGCAAUGAAGAAGCAAUUAGAAAGAUUCUGGACAGGCCAGAAAUACAGACAAAGGAUGAUGAGGUCUGGGAACUAAUCAGAGAAGAAGAAGCCAGUGAUGCCCCUGAGCAGGAAAACCUGGAGGCAAGGACAAUGAGUUUGGAAGAGCAAAUCAGGGACCUCUCACCAUUUGCAGCAUCUACCCUUGCAAGAGCUGGAAUUAAAGAGGACAUUGAUAUUCAAGAGUUAACAAGAGAUGAUCUGAACGAACUUCUGCCAGGCCUUGAGCAUUUCAAACUUAGGAAGAAGAUCAGUGAACUUCUAACCCAAUCUAAACAGGACACAGCUAAACCUAUCGAUUUAAUUCUUAACGAGUUUAGGAAAUUCCUUCCAGCUGUUGUCAUGAAGAAUGCACUUGUUCCUGGGGGGGUGUUACAUGGCUACGUCCCUAUUCUUAAAGAUUUGGAGAAGCAGCUGGCCAAAGCCCUGCACUUAAUUCAGGCACACGUUGAACUGCUUGAGAGCUACAAUGAAGAAGAGCCCAUGGAGGCUGAGGGCAAUGCUGUGUCCCCAUCAGCUGACUCUGCUACAGCAGGAAACCAGCUAUCCAAUGUUGCAGCCUUAGGUGCUGUAGAGAGCCAACCCAAACGACCAAGAAGAGAUGUGCCUCUUACCACUGGUGGGCAGAACAGCCAAAACUUCAAGAAAACCCCAGAUGAGACCUCAAAAUCAUACCUUCCAUGCACUUCAAGAGCAGCUGCUGUUGAGCCAUCUGCAACAUCCUACAAAGAUAGGUCCUCAUCCGUAGCUGGUACCAUCCAGGCCCCAAAAGAAAAGGAAGGAAAAGAACCUGGAAGUUGGUGGAAGAACAUCAUUCCUUUCAGUGGAUUCGGAGGAAAUGAAACAAAACAUUUGCCGGCAGUUAAAGUCUAUUCACAAGUGUGUGGAAAAACCCUGAACACUCACGUUGCACUCAUGAAACAAGUGGAUGAUCUGGGACUUAAACGAGAGGAGACCAGUGUAGAGGACUGCCAAGUCAUAAUGGUCUUCUGUCCUGUUAUAUCUUGUGUGGGAACUGACAUUGAGGCUGCCAUGAGCCAAGUUCCAGGUAACAGAGAUGCCAUUCUAGUGGUGAUGCACCAUACUUUUGAUAACUGCUUUGUCACAAGCCAGAGAUCUGCAUCUCACUACAAAAACGUAGUAGAGAAAGUUAAUGUUCUCUUCCAUGACUCUGUGGGACUUCUGCAGUGUAAAACAAAUGAUAAUGCAGUGACUCGCAUACAUAAGGCCUUACAGAAAUACAACAGCAGUACUUAGACAUUAUUAAGUGCCUCAUUGUGGCAACACAAAGAAAGUGUCUGAAGUCUGUAACAAGAUAACGCCACCAACAUGAUUUAAAAAUCUACAAUUCUACAACUUCCACCCAGGGCGUUGGUGACUCAUUCUAGUUUAGAAUAAAUCAUAUCACAGUCUGUAGUGAGCCAAAUGAAAGAUUAUCUUGAUUCUCAAUAAGUACAAAACUAGACUUCUCCCUGUAGAACCUUUGGUGUGAGUGAAUCUUUGAAGAUAAGAUACCUCAUAUGUAUUUGUGAAUUUCAGCUUGUUCUACUUUUAGUAUUAGAAGCACUUUUCGUUUGAGGUGGUUCCUACUUUGUUACAUUAUGCCUCAAUCAUCAGAGAUUGAACAGUUGUACCUACAGUAUCAUGAGAAUGUUUAGUCUUAUUCUAUGAGAAUAAAUCAAGUACAAGUGUUGCAUAAAAUAUUGAAUAACUACGUAAUAAUGAUAUUGAUAAGAUUUUUCCUCCAAACUCUUCUGAUAUCAAUAGACUUAUUCAUUUGUGUUGAGGAAUUUCUGUCUCUGCAGAUGGACUAAUAAAAUCUAUUCCAAAGCUGAAUAACAAAAUAAAGUUCUUAUUUUCAUAAAUAAAAAGAGUACACAUGCAACAUUGAUUAGAACAAGUCUUGAGUCAAAUAUUUAAUAUUUUCAUAUCAUAACACUAAGAAUGUCAUUGAUUAUAAAAAUUCUGCUGAUCAAUAUAAAAGAUACUUAGCGGCAUUCAUUUCUAAACAUCCUUCUAGAAAUACUAUUAGGCACAUUUGCAUUUAUAUUCACACAACAUAAGUGAUUUUGAAUCACCUUUCUCUUGCCUCAACAGUCUUUCCAUCACAAAGUAAAGACAGGCUUUAAUGACAAAAAAGAAGAAGUUAGUUUUGUCAACUGAUGCAAAACCUGCUGUUAAUAAAGGACUCCAAUGUCAAAAUGUCAUAAGCCCACCAGGCCACAAGAACAACAUUUUGGUGCCAAAACACUCCAUUUUGGUUCUACAGGCCCAUGGUAAAGUAGAUCAGUCUUUGAGAAUGCAUUAUCUUAUUUACUCAGUCACUGGAAGUAAUACCUUGUCCCAUGAUCCAUCCAUCAACCAUCACCUCGCAGCAGUACCGUAAUUUCCGGACUAUUAAGCGCACCUGAAUAUAAGCCGCACCCACUGAAUUAAAUUUUUUUUUUUUACAU